UAGAUGGCAGUACACAACAGCACAACCGAAGCUUUCGCGUUUUCUCGUGAUUUCUACCCUUCUCACCGUCAGCGUUGCAUCAGAGGCAGUUUAAACCCGUUUUUCCCCAGUAAAGCUGAAAGAAGUCGACUGAACUUCAGCCAUGGUCUGCAUCCCCUGCAUCGUCAUCCCCGUCCUCCUGUGGGUCUACAAGAGAUUCCUGGAGCCCAUCAUCUACCCGUUUAUCUCGCCGUUCAUCAGCCGCUUCUGGACCAAAAAAGCAGUUCAAGAGACGGGCACAGGAGCGGGCACAGGAGCGGGCAGUGCCACCUGCAAGGCGGAGUGUAACGGGAACGCGAACGUCUCGGCGGCUAACGGAUCCGCGACGGCCUCCGACAAGAAGAAGGACUGACACUACACGCCUGUUCGAAGACGUAUCGUGUUCUAUGUGUCUCGCUGUAGAUAUUUUAACCAUAGAUUAAUCUGCAUUAACCACGAUGUCCUGGUUUAAUGGCGUUGUUGGACCUGGUCUGUUCACACGCACACGUUUAAUUCAGAUUAUUUCAGAAUUUCCACUGAUGAGCUCUGACUUGUGAAGAUGUAAUAUAUUGACUCUGUGCACUGCUGGUUCUUCAUUCCCUGAUCAGGCUUCAGUUUGAGAAGACUUGGGGUGCUUUUACUUCUGUAUCUUUCCAGAAUAAUCUGAGUUAGUGUUUAAGAGAAAUAAAUAUUUAAAUUAAACUGG